GGCGGCGGCCUGCUUCUGGCUCCUGCUCCCGCUUCCGGCGGCGGGUUCCGUUUCAGCUUCCCUGGAGAGGCGGGCGAGGCGAUGUCGGCGUUCUCGGAGUCGGCGCUGGAGCGGAAGCUGCUGGAGCUGAGCAACUCUCAGCAGAGCGUCCAGACCCUGAGCCUGUGGCUCAUCCACCACAGGAAGCACUCGCCCCUCAUCGUCGCCGUGUGGGAGCGGGAGCUGCGCAAAGCAAAACCAAACAGGAAGCUUACAUUCUUGUAUCUGGCCAAUGAUGUAAUUCAGAACAGCAAAAGAAAAGGUCCUGAAUUUACAAAAGACUUCGCACCAGUCAUAGUUGAGGCCUUCAAACAUGUUUCCAGCGAGACUGAUGAGAGUUGUAAGAAGCACCUGGGUCGCGUGCUGUCGAUUUGGGAAGAAAGAUCUGUUUAUGAAAACGAUGUAUUGGAACAGCUUAGGCAGGCUUUGUAUGGCGAUAAAAACCCAAGAAAACGCCCAUAUGAACAGAUAAAUGUGGAAGACAAUAAUUGCUCAACACAAAGUUCUCCAUGUGACCCUCCACAGACUGCAGAUCUCAUAAGAGCAUUGCAAGAGUUAGAAAAUGCGGCCUCUGGGGAUGCAGCAGUUCAUCAGAGAAUAGCCUCAUUACCUGUAGAGGUUCAAGACGUGUCCCUGCUUGACAGAAUAACAGACAAAGAAUCAGGAGAGCAGCUUUCCAAGAUGGUAGAUGACGCAUGUAUGUUGCUGGCGGAUUACAAUGGCAGGUUGGCAGCUGAAAUAGAUGAUAGGAAACAGCUAACUCGGAUGUUGUCAGACUUUCUGCGAUGCCAAAAAGAAGUCCUCUCAGAGAAAGAGCAAACAUUGGAAGAAUACAAGCGCAAGUUAGCCAGAGUCUCUCAGGUACGGAAAGAACUCAAGUCACGGAUCCAAACCCUUCCUGACCUUUCACGUCUCCCCAAUGUCACAGGAAGUCAGGUGCACCUUCCAUUUGCAGGAGAUGUCUAUAAUGAUGAUUGACAUUCAGAUGUUCCACUGGAAUGAGGAAUUGGUCAGAUGGAUUGAUAUUAUUUUUGUAUAUUUGUUGAGAGUAGCACUUCAGUGUUUUAAUUUAUAAGAAAUGUCAAAUGUUGCUUUGUUUACUAUGUUACUGAAACUGUGGUGAAGCAGGUACUAUGUAAGAGGCAGAAUCUCUGUGUUAUUAUGUUUAAAAGAAAGAGUGAUUAUUACAAUUUAACUUUUGUACUCACUUUGAUUAGAUCCAGGAGAACAUUGUUUCUAUUUUGCUUUUUCUUAUGUGAUCUUUAUUGGAUAUAGGUCUAAUAAUUUAAACUAAUCAUAUAAGACUCUGCACAUAGUAAGUGAAGAAAUGCAAAAAUAGGUCUUUUGACUCCUGCAACUUGGUUUGAAAUGUGACAGUAAUUUUUUUCUUCUCCAAAAAAGUCAUUGUCUUAAUGUCCUUUUAAAAACUUUUGAAUACAAAUUAUAUUAAAAACAGAUGUUGAAUGACCAAAAA